UUUGCCAUUCCUUUGACAAAUAACACUAAUCCAAUAUCAAAUUUUCUGAAAAUUGUGAUCCUAAAAUUAUUCCUAAUAAAAGAUGAAGCAAAUAAUAUUAAUUACAAUAUUGUAUCUGUUAUCCAUUUCCUUGAAAUCACCCAUCCAAAAAGUUGAAUGCAAUUCAUUAUAUGAUUCAAUACCAAUCCCUCCAGUUUCAUCGCCUUCAUUGAGAACAAUCUUCAGUAUUCCUCCAUCAACAUACGAUGCACCGGCCCCAGAAGAUAGUGAUCUCUUGUAUUCAAUUUCCCCAGAUUCAUCCACCAACGAUGUCUCGCCUGCUGAUAACGACUCCAUUGAAUUUCCUGUUAACUUUAAUUUCAACCCCUUUGUUGAAAAAAAACCACCAAAAGAAGAUCUUAAAACAAUAAAAAUGGCAAAUACAAACGUAAAGAAAACUUGUGAGUUUACGGACAAUCCUGGCCUUUGUUUUUCUUCUUUAACGCCGUUUCUUAAAGCCGAGAAAACAGAAGAAAAAACAGACACUUAUUCUCUUCUAGAAAUGCAAGUUAAAGCAACGGAAAAGGCAACACAAAUUGCUAUUGCCUUGGCUGUUAAGAUAGGGAAAGAGGAAGGUGAUAAAGGUGCCGUUAAAGAUUGUAAGGAAAUGUAUGACGAUGCAUUGGAUAAUUUGCAGAAAGCUGUAGAAGCUUUAUUAACAAAGGAUAUAGGAACUGUUAAUACGAUGUUAAGCGCCGUCAUAUCGGAUUUUCACACGUGUGAUGAGGGAUAUAAAGAAGGUGGGAACUCAUCUCCCUUGGCUGAAUAUGGGAAUAAGUUGUCUGAAUUAGUUAGUAAUUGUCUUGCUACUGUUGCUCUUAUCAAGGGAGAAUGAUGUUAUUAAUUUAUUCAACAAUUAAUAAAAUGGCGCCAUGUAUUUAAUUUUGCCAUUAUUUUUCUAUGUCAAAUGGGUUUAAACUUUGUUGUAUAACAAUAAUAAUUCACAUA